AUGGCCGUCAGUCACGUGACCCAGACUCGGCCCGGGCUUGGUUUCCAGUUGCUCUAGUUCAGUACUCUUGUUUCUUCGAUUCCCUCCUAUUCUCUCUUGCGGACUCUAGUACUGCUUUUCUUUCCUCAGGAAGAGUGUCGUACAGACUCUUGAGAACCCGGAAAACAUCCAGAAAAAAUGACCCAUUGGUUUCAUAGGAACCCUUUAAAAGCUACAGCUCCUGUCUCUUUUAACUACUAUGGUGUGGCCGCUGGUCCUCCUGCUUCAAAAAUUUGCAAUGACUUGAGAACAUCCAGGGCACGACUUCUUGAAUUAUUCACUGAUUUGAGCUGUAAUCCAGAAAUGAUGAAGAAUGCAGCAGAUUCAUACUUUUCACUCUUACAAGGUUUCAUAAAUUCACUGGAUGAAUCUACCCAGGAAAGCAAGUUGCGAUAUAUUCAAAAUUUCAAGUGGACUGAUACGUUGCAAGGACAUGUUCCAAGUGCCCAGCAGGAUGCUGUUUUUGAAUUAAUUUCCAUGGGAUUUAAUGUAGCUCUGUGGUAUACCAAAUAUGCUUCAAGACUGGCGGGAAAAGAAAACAUAACAGAAGAUGAAGCAAAGGAAGUCCAUCGAAGCCUGAAAAUUGCUGCUGGGAUUUUCAAACAUUUAAAGGAAAGUCAUAUCCCAAAACUUAUUACACCUGCAGAAAAGGGAAGGGAUCUAGAGGCACGGCUCAUAGAAGCUUAUAUUAUCCAGUGUCAGGCUGAAGCUCAAGAAGUAACAAUUGCCCGAGCAAUUGAACUUAAACAUGCUCCUGGACUAAUUGCUGCACUGGCAUAUGAAACAGCCAAUUUUUAUCAAAAAGCUGAUCAUACUUUAUCCAGUUUGGAGCCUGCAUAUUCUGCAAAAUGGAGAAAAUAUCUUCACUUGAAAAUGUGUUUCUACACAGCUUACGCUUAUUGUUAUCAUGGUCAGACUUUGUUGGCUAGUGAUAAAUGUGGUGAAGCAAUCAGGUCUCUGCAAGAAGCAGAAAAAUUAUAUGCAAAAGCAGAAGCAUUAUGUAAAGAAUAUGGAGAAACUAAAGGACCUGGACCAACAGUCAAACCAUCGGGACACUUGUUCUUUAGGAAACUUGGAAACCUUGUGAAGAAUACCCUAGAAAAAUGUCAACGAGAAAAUGGAUUUAUUUACUUUCAAAAAAUUCCAACAGAAGCCCCACAGCUGGAACUCAAAGCAAAUUAUGGGCUGGUAGAACCCGUGCCUUUUGAAUUUCCUCCUACAAGUGCUCACUGGACACCAGAAACGCUGGCUGCAUUUGAUCUCACCAAGAGACCUAAGGAUGACAGUGCCAAACCUAAGCCAGAUGAAGAAGUAAAACCUGUGAAAGAACCAGAUAUCAAACCUCAAAAGGACACGGGGUGCUACAUCUCCUAAAACACAAUAUGUGCUUAGAAUUCUACAAGUAGAAGAGAAAACUGAGAACUUUGGUACACAUUUCUUGAAAUGAUUUUUCUGAAGCUUAUAGCAUAAUUAUUACAUUCAGAGGGAAUCUGCCUUUAGUUCGUUUGUUCUUGAUUUUUAAGGUGGUAGACAUGUUUUUAAUCAGGACAACAUUUGAAAGGUUUUAUUGUGCCUCUGACAGGUGUAUUUGAGGGUUAGAUCUUUUUUGAAUUCUGGUUAGUAAGUUUCAGCUUAAUGUAUUAUAGGCCUGAAUUGUUUUUCAGGUAUGUUUUUCUAUCUUCACAAAAAUGUUUAUUUUUUUUCUCUUAUUUGAUACCAGAAGAAUGGCAAGAAUGAAUUUUGAACAGAGAUGAUCUUUUUCCCCUCACCAUUGUGUUAAUUAUAGCACAGACUUGUUAUGUUCUGAGUCAUUUAUCUUUUCUGGUGGGGGAAAAAAGCUCUUAAUAGUUGAAGAUCAGAAAAUGUUCCUGCGAAAUCCCUCAAAUAUACUGGAAUCUAUAGUUUACUCAAAAAUUAGUGUUUAUAAAUAAGUUGAGACCUGUAAGAACUUUUUCUUAUUCUUGUAUCUGCUUCAUUCAGUCUCAAAAACCCUACAAUGUUUUUUUUUAUAAAUACCUUUUCUAAUGGGUUUUUUACUUAGAGGAUAGAACUUUGUAAGUGUUUAAUGUUUAUAUGUAAGGGAAGACAGUAAGAAUGAAGAAUGUUUUUUGAAGAAGUAAUAUUGCAUGAUAAUAAAAAAAAACUAAACGUGAAUGAGAUAGGUUGUCCUGUAUUACACCGGUAACUACUACUUUGUUAGAGAAGUUUUAGUAAAAUAUCUUUGUUAGCUGAUUUUAGUGUACAUUGUUUUAUAUGGUUUUCUAAUAUAUAUAUCUAUAUACAUAUCUCCUAUCAGAAUUGCAUUGUUUUAGGUCAAAGGCCAUAGCAAAAAUUUAGAGAACAGAUACAAUAUAAUCUUAUAAAAUGGAUUUAAUAAGGCUGGGGAUAUUGCUAGAGCGCUGGGUCCAGUUCCCACUGUUGAGGGGGGAAAAAGAUUAUAAUCAUUUGAAACAGUUUAGUAUAUACACAGAAUUGAGAAAUAAUGCAUAAUACUUAAACAAAAUUCACACAUCUGUAGAUUUACCUUGUGUUGAUUAUUCUCCUAGAGUGUUAGAUAAUUUGCUAUUAUAAAUGACACAUUGGUUUUUACUAGAAAAAUAAAAGUAGUGUAUUUUGAGAGCUUACUAUGUGCCAGUCACUGUGCUGAGCACAUAUAUAGAUACACCAUAACGCACCUUUAAUAAAUAUGUAAAAUAUGCAUAAAGUGUCAAAAUAGGAAUAUAUGCAUUUCAUUUUGAAGAAUGAACAAAUUAUGUCUAGCUGAACCAAGAUUGUGUUCAAAUAAAUAAUUGCUUAAAUCAGAUAUCAUAGCUUUCACCGCUUUUAAAAAGCUGCAUAGAAAUCAAGUUUUGUUUUUUUUUUUAAUUUGUGGAAAUGCUAACUACUAUUUUCAGUAUAUAAUAUUUAAUAUUUGAAGCUACAGUUUCCAGAAUAUUUGGAGCAAUAAAUGAAUAGUUUUAUUUUGCUGUUUAUGGGAAAUAUUAAAUUUCACUGUAAACAGUCACUACAAAUUGAUUUGUUUCUGUAUGUUAUCUGCUGACAAUUUUAAACAGUACUUAAGGACCUAUUUAUCUUAGGUACUAGUGCUUAUUUAACCUAGUUACUAAAUUUUCACAUUGAUAUUUUUGUGGAUUAUACUACCUUGUAUGAAAAGGAAAUAUGCAGUAUGCUCAGUGCUUCUGUAAAAUGCAGUUAAUACUGGUAUUUAAAUAAAUAAUUGUCAAUUUUGACAUGAUCAAAUAGUAUUUUGUUGACUCAGCAAAGGUAACACUUUAUCCUUUUAAUACCCCAUUAUAUAUAAGAUUUUUUGAAAAUGGUGUUGGAAAUGAUCAAAUGUAAAGAAGUUGCAUGAAGGCUAGAGGGGGAUGUAACUAUUUGUAUUAACCGUUGCAUAAAUUUCAUACCAGGCUAUGACAGCUUACAUAUUGCUUCUGCCAAGUAUUGUUUGUAUAAUGAAUUAUCUUUUUAUUUAUGAAAAUAAAAGCAAUUUUACCUACA